GACGACGACGAUGACGUGUACCUCAAACGGAUCUCGUUGCGCUGUUUCAGAGCUCAGAGUUUCACAUGAACCCCAAUAUGAACGUGCACAACGGUAAAUGGGCAUCCAAAACAGUUUUGGGCUUUUGGCUAGGCUUUAGAGAGAGGAGAGACGAAGAAAAGAAACCUUCGGUGGAACCCAAGCACGAUCCACCACAUAGGCUCAAGGAUUUCUUCAUUCCUGGGCCGGCGACGGGCUGGAAUUGAUAAGGCUCUCCGAGCCCAUGCGCACGUUGCAAUUGCGUGCGUGCGACGUCCACACCAACAGGAAAUAUUUCAAUCCAUCUCCACUUAGCGUGGAAAUAAAGCAAGACAAUGAAUCUUGUGGCAUCCCCAACCCAAACUCGGAGAAGGGUUUACCGCCGCGCAUAAAACCCUCCAACCGAUCCCUUCUGCUCUUCCACCUCGCCACCUCCCGGACCCGGAAUUCAGAACCGACCUCAGCCCAUCUCCGGCUCCCACGCAAGGAAGCCGCCGCCAAUGGCGCUCCCAAAUCAGCAGACAGUCGACUACCCCAGCUUCAAGCUCGUCAUCGUCGGCGACGGGGGCACCGGCAAGACCACCUUCGUGAAGAGGCAUCUGACUGGCGAGUUUGAGAAGAAGUAUGAACCCACCAUUGGUGUUGAGGUCCAUCCCUUGGAUUUCCACACCAACUGCGGGAAGAUCCGCUUCUACUGCUGGGACACUGCAGGGCAGGAGAAGUUUGGUGGGCUCAGGGAUGGAUACUACAUCCACGGGCAGUGUGGUAUCAUUAUGUUUGAUGUAACUUCACGGCUGACUUACAAGAACGUUCCAACUUGGCACCGUGAUUUAUGCAGGGUCUGUGAAAACAUCCCUAUUGUGCUUUGUGGGAACAAGGUCGAUGUGAAGAAUAGGCAGGUCAAAGCAAAGCAGGUGACUUUCCACAGGAAGAAGAGCCUGCAGUACUACGAGGUCUCAGCUAAGAGCAACUACAACUUCGAGAAGCCUUUCUUGUACCUUGCCAAGAAGCUUGCCGGUGAUGCCAAUCUCCACUUUGUUGAAAGCCCUGCUCUCCGUCCUCCAGAUGUCACAAUUGACAUGGUCGCCCAGCAGCAGCAUGAAGCCGACCUGGUAAUUGCUGCAGCUCAACCACUGCCAGAUGACGACGACGACCUGAUCGAGUAGACGUCGCUUUACAUCGUUGCCCGAGUAGUCAUGUUCUGUGCCCUAAGCAAACAUAUGUACUUCAGGAUGAAGUUUUUUUUGCAGCGACCAAGGUGUUUUGGUGGAUGUUUUCACUAUUAUUACUCAUUAGAUUCUAGUAGAUUUGAAGAACUGGUCACAUUUAGCCAUGGAAAUGGUUUGAUUGUCGAAUAAAGCGUUUUUUUCCCUCUGA